GUCGCGGUGCCCGGAUGUUUGCGGGGCGGAUUAACCCCGGAGAUGCCGGAUGAAGCCGGUGGCGGCGGCGGAUCGCGGCACAAGCGGGUGGUUUGUCGGCGGUUUGGUGGCGGAAGCGGCGGCGCUGCUCACCUCCGGCAGCGGCAACUCGAGCGGCUGAGUGCGGAGGCGCCGCGGCGGAGGCCAGGCCUGAGCUGAGCCUCUGCUCCGGGGAUGUCGGCUUCAUCCGCCGAGAUCAUCGAGGCGCCGCAAGCGCUGGACUUCGAGGAGAUCAACUACAAUGAGAUCGAGGUGGAGGAGAAUGUUCUCACUUGCUAUUUCUGAUCUGGAGGAAUCUGGUUGCCUGCCACUGUGGCAACAUCAUUGAUGGAGAGCAGUUGUAUCUCUCCUGCAGAAGAUUUAAAAGGUGGAAGAAUCUGCUGAAUAAACCUGAUUGAUUUCCUUGGGUCAUUGCACAUACAAGCAAAUCAUUUUUGAUUCCAACAUUUGGAUGCAUUCAUUCAUAGAACAUGUACUUGCAACAGAAGAAUUUUGGAAGAUAUAAAUAUUGAUGCAACAAUUACUACAAGUUUCACUGCAUCUGCUGAGGAGUGCAUUGGUUCAGUAACCAUCACUUUGGUGUAAUAGAAAACUGUGAGGAAGAUGAUUGUCCAAUUGCUUCUUAGGAUUUCUGCUUUGUAAACAACAUAUUUUUGCACCUGCACUUAGUCUGCACAAAAGUGCUGAAUACGUGACACUUUGAAUACAUGACAGUCUUUUCUUCACGUUAUACCAUACUUAUGGACAAUUGGUGACUUCUGAAGUAUGUCAUCAUGGCUAGAAUUCGCAGAAAAAUGUGCAUCACUUUGUUUGUUUUUCUCUUGUUUGUUUUUGGUAUCAUGAUGGGUUUAAAGACCUUACGACCAGAAGGAGCUGGAUUUGGAGAUGGAGUAGUCCUGGAGUUAUUACCAGAACUUCAUCACCGAGCGGCUGUGGAUAAGCGUAAACCAGAUCUCCCUAAUAUUUCAAAGUUUUCCAAAAGUGCAACUCCUCCUCAGGCUUCAAAACUGAUUGCAGGCCAACGUGUGACUAAAAGUGCACCAAUGUCUGCUUCAAUACCUGAGAACUUUCGUCUCGUCAAUUCUGAUCUACAUGCAUUUUAUUACAUGUGGUAUGGAAAUCCAAAGUUUGAUGGUAAAUAUUUACACUGGAACCACCCACUGGUUCCCCAUUGGGAUUCUAAAAUAGCAGGCAGUUACCCCAAAGGAAGGCACAACCCUCCAGAGGAUAUUGGUGCUAAUUUCUAUCCUGAACUCGGAGCUUACAGUUCCAGGGAUCCUGCAGUAAUCAAUGCACAUAUGAAACAGUUUCAAGCAGCUGCGAUAGGUGUGGUGGCUCUAUCCUGGUACCCACCUGGAAUGUCUGAUGAUAAUGGUGAACCCAUGGAAGAUCUGGUGCCAGAUGUACUAGAAGCUGCACAUAAAUAUCACUUAAAGGUCACCCUCCACAUUGAGCCGUACAAAGGUCGAGAUGGUAAUAGUUUGUAUGGUAAUAUCAAGUAUAUCAUAGACAAGUAUGGGUCCCAUCCUGCAUUUUACAGGUAUAAAACAAGCACAGGAAGAAAUCUUCCUAUGUUCUACAUUUAUGACUCAUAUUUAACAAGUCCAGUAUCUUGGGCCACCCUUUUUUCUGCAACUGGAUCAAGCACCCUCCGAAACAGUCAAUAUGAUGGACUCUUCAUUGCUCUACUUGUCGAAGAAAAGCAUAAAAAUGAAAUUCUUCAGGCUGGAUUUGAUGGAAUGUACACAUACUUUGCAACAAAUGGAUUUUCCUAUGGUUCUUCUCAUCAUAAUUGGCAGACAAUCAAAGAUUUUUGUGGUGGUAAUAAUCUUAUGUUUAUUCCAAGUGUAGGACCAGGCUACAUAGACACAAACAUAAGGGCUUGGAACAACCACAAUACCAGGAACCGUGUCAAUGGCAAAUACUAUGAGACUGCCUUAAAUACUGCCCUUCUGGUGCGUCCAGAAAUUAUCACUAUAACCUCUUUCAAUGAGUGGCAUGAAGGAACUCAGAUUGAAAAAGCAGUGCCCAGAAAGUCAGGCCAGUUAACUUAUCUUGAUUAUCUGCCUCAUAAACCAGAUGCCUAUUUAGAGCUGACUCGUAAGUGGGCAGAAAAGUUUCAGCAAGAGAAAGAGCAGUGGUUGAUGUGAUUCUGUUUUUGUCUUUGAUUACGAUUUGAGGAAUUGCUCGAUUAUUGACACCGACCGUCACGUUUUUGAGAGAGACCAGCCAGAAAUUACCAGAGUGCAUCUUCUGGUGCACCAGAAAUUAUUACCAUAACAUCUUCCAAUGAGUGGCAUGAAGGAUCUUUGUUUGCUUCUCAUAUGUUUGUUGCUUAUCAUAUGGCUUCAGAAUAGUGAGUCAGAAAUGAUGGUAUAAUAUAAAGAAUCUUUGGGUGUAAAUGAGUUAUAAAGCAGCAUUUAGAGACUUGGUGCAUUGUGAAAGGAUGCAUCAUCUGUUUGAAUAAUGAGGUUUUGCAAACUGCUUUUUGAUUUGUCCUGUUUUUCUGCCCUUUUUUCCUGCUUUUGAGUGUCUUGAUUUACCUUGAAUAAAUUUCUCCAACUAGCA